GGCGAUUCAUCUCUUCUAUCUCUCUCCUCCUCCAGGACCAGACUCGUUCUCUCUCAUCGCCGUGAGGAAUGGCUUCUACAUCGAAGCAAAAUCCUUCUUCUUCAAAACCUCCAAGGCACCCGUUCACCAACGCCGCCUCAACCCCCACGAAGUCCGGUGUGGCGGAAGACUCUCGAUUUCGAAACCCUAGCACGAGCGUCUCACCGAUCACGAUGUCGCCGGAGGAUCAAAUCCUCGGACGCUCCACACACCUAACACGACCGGAGCUUCUCCGGCGCCGAUCGCACAACCUGAAGCAGCUCGCUAAAUGCUACAGAGACCAUUACUGGGCUCUGAUGGAGGAUCUCAAGGCCCAACACAGAGAGUACUACUGGAAGUAUGGUGUUAGUCCUCUCAAAGAAGAGAAUCAUCACCACCACCAGAACAAGAGACGUAAAGUUGAAAUCGAUGGGGAUGAAGUCGCUGCUGCUGCUGCUUCCGUUGUUGAAGGUAGCGGAGACAACAACAACGAUAACAACAACAACAAUGGUGGUAACUACUGUGUGGCUUGUGGUAAUGGAUGCAAGUCAAAGGCGAUGCCACUCACGAAUUACUGUCAGCUUCAUAUCCUCUCGGAUAAAAGGCAGAAGCUUUACACUUGUUGCACUUUCGUCAAUAAAAAAGCUCAGUCGAAAGCGAUAACGUGUCCGAAACCAACACUUGCGUCGACCCUUCCCGCCUUGUGUAAUACGCAUUUCCAGAAAGCCCAAAAGGAUGUCGCUCGAGCUUUGAAAGAUGCUGGUCACAAUGUUUCUUCAGCGAAUAGGCCUCCGCCGAAACUCCACGACAUUGUGGCUGCGUUUGUGCAUCAUAUUCAGGCAAAGAGAAAAUGCGGUGUAGGGAGAGAGGGGAAGCUAAAAACUUCGGUCAAAGAAGAAAGUACAAGCUAAAUAAUGGAAGAGUUAGAAGUGCAGAGAGAAAUAACUUGUUUCCACGACUGGAAGGUAAAUGUAUCACCCACCACGUGUAGCCGGUCCUAAUAUGUCGAUAGAGAUUAGAUACUGCAAAAUCAGAUAUGCGUUCAUCAUGAAGAAAGCUGAUUUUUGUAGUGUUAAGUCUUUUGGCUACACUGGAGAAUCAUGUUGUAGAUGUUUCUUUUUUUAAUGAUCAAAAAAGAUGUUUCUUCUUUCUUUGUUAAUCUUAGGAAAGUAAUGUCUUGUGGUGUAUUCAUUCUAUUUUGCGGUUAAUGGAGGAGUUCUUACCGUUU